CUGAUCGUCGGUGGUUGGCUUCAAAGCUCGCCUGACUGUUGGCCUUUUUGCACGUGCAUUUUUGCAUUUCUGACUUGGGCGUGUUUUGCAGCUCACGGGACGGGUUCUUCUGAAGACGUCACACUACCUGCAUUCCUAGUAGGCUUAGCAGCAGCCCCUCCUCGAGUCGUCGAGUAGCACAAACACCAACCUCUCAAAUCGGGUCAUUUCCAUCGCUCACCUAGUCUUCAUUCAUUUUCAUCCGAGCAAUCGCGCAUCUUUUCAUCGUCGCAUACGAUUUGCGCACCUGUCUAUUCCGUUUUCUUUUUCUUCCUACUCACUCACUCGCUUCUUCACCAUGGGUCGCAGCGACGUCAAGAAGCGCCUCUACCUCAGCAACCCCGAGGUCGACGUCAUCAUCAGACGCUCCCACCGCCAUCGCCACCACCACUCCUCCCACACUCACAGAUCGCGAACGCCAUCCCCCCCUCCCGCGGAAUACAUCUCUGUGCCUCGUCCCGUCUUCCAGCUUCCUCCUCCGCCUCUUCCUCUUCUGCCGCCGCCGCCUCCUUCCACGCUGCCACCCGCGCCGAUGCCACCACCGCCUCCGCCCGUGUUUGAGCUCCCGCCCCUGCGCCGCCCGUCGCCGCAGCCGGAAUUCAUCGAGGUCAUCGCCGUCAGCGAGGACGAGAAGCAGGAGAAGAAGAAAAAGAAGAAGAAGAAGAAGAAGGUCAAGAGCCGAUCCUCCAGCUCCAGCUCCAGCUCCUCUAGCGACUCCCGCAGCCGCAGCCGCAGCCAUCACCGCCACCGCGACGAUGAACUGGACCGCUACCACCACGACUACGACCGGGACGUCGAGGAGACCCGCGACAGAGAAGUCUACGUCGAGAGGGAGCGAUACAUUCCCUACCCUGUGCCGGUUCCCGUCCCCACGGACCCUUACAAUACGUACCGCUACAUCGACGCUCCGCGCAGCCGCAGCCCUAGACGGCGUGCGCCAUCUCUGUCUCCUUCGCCACCGCCGCCACCACAGCGCUAUGCCGACGAGGAGAGAGAGCACGACUAUAUUCGUAUAAGGGAUCGCGAGUAUCGUUACGAUUAGAGAGACCUUUCUCCUUUAGUGCCGGCGAAUGUCGUUUUUCUCUCUCAUUCGAAUGAGUCGGGUUUUGGAUAUGCAGAGUGACCGCUUGGAUUGUUUUAUUUGUCACGAAUGCUUGGAUGAUUUUUGUAUUUUGAGUUCUGGAGUUGUAUCAAGAGAAUAACGCUGUCACGACACUUUUUAACGCCAAAUCUUAUACCUUAUAACGAAUGUGCUUUAACGUUCUUGAAUUAUGUAGCUGUUGUGUUCAUCAUAGUUCAAUAUAAAUUCAUUGUUAUUAUUCUAGAGAAA